AUGGGUGUUGCGAAAAAGACUCGCAAGUUUGCGCAGGUGAAGCGAGUCCUCGGCCGUCGCGAUGACAGGAUAAAGGAGAACAAGGCCAAGGCCGAAUUGGUCGCUGCCGCAAAGGCCAAGAAGACCAUCAACGGAGAGCUCAUCCGCGAGGCGCCCCAGAUGCCCAGCAACAUGUUCUUCCAGCACAAUACGGCCCUCGUCCCUCCCUACAACGUCCUCGUCGACACAAACUUUAUCAACCACACGGUCCAGCGCAAGCUCUCGCUGCUUGAUUCUAUGAUGGACUGCCUCUACGCAAAGUGUAACCCCAUCAUCACCUCGUGCGUCAUGAGCGAACUCGAGGGUCUUGGCCAGAAGUUCCGCCUGGCGCUGCGGGUUGCGAGGGACGAGCGGUGGACAAGGCUGGAGUGCGAUCACAAGGGCACGUAUGCCGAUGACUGUCUGGUGGACCGAGUGCAGAAGAACAGGAUAUACAUUGUGGGCACAAACGAUAAGGCGCUGAAGCAGCGGCUAAGGAAGAUUCCCGGCGUGCCCAUCAUGAGCGUUGCGCGGGCCAAGUACGUGAUAGAGAGGCUGCCAGGUGCACCAGACUCAUAG